CUUCCCAGUUUCCCACUGAGUUUGAGAUUUCUUCCGAGUUGGACUGGGGAUCUCCAGAUCUCCGCGGUCAGAGUAACGAUGGAGGGUGCACAGGAGAAACCCUCGGAGUCUAGCUCCUCUGCGCCCGGGUCCAUAGAGUCUACCGGCUUGGCCAGGGGCCCUGAGGUGUUGCCUCCCGAGGAGUCAGAGGGUUGCACCCGGCCGCUAGAGACGGCUUCCAAGAAACUCUGCGGAUACUUAAGUAAGUUUGGCGGUAAGGGGCCCCUCCGGGGCUGGAAAUCUCGCUGGUUCUUCUACGACGAGAGGAAAUGUCAUCUGUAUUAUUCGCGGACUGCGCAGGAUGCCAAUCCCUUGGACAGCAUCGACCUCUCCAGUGCGGUCUUUGACUGCAAGGCGGACGCCGAGGAAGGGACUUUUGAAAUCAAGACUCCCAGCCGGGUUAUUACCCUCAAGGCUGCCACCAAGCAAGUGAUGCUGUACUGGCUGCAGCAGCUGCAGAUGAAGCGCUGGGAGUUCCACAACAGCCCGCCUGCACUUCUCGCCGCCCCCGACGCUGCCCUGGCUGGGAACGAGCCUGCCCUGCGCCUUGAGCUAGAGCAAGAGGAGGUGGAGCUGGAGGAGUUCCUGUGCCCAGUGAAAACGCCCCCUGGACUCGUGGGUGCAGACGCAGCCUUGCAGCCAGCCCCCGCCAUGCCCUUGGCCCUUCAGAAUAUUUCCCUCAAGCACCUGGGAACUGAAAUUCAAAACACGGUGUACAACAUCCGGGGCAACAGGCAGGCCCAAGGAACGGGCCACGGAUCUCCAGGGGAUGAUUCGCCGCAGAGCCGGGAGCCUCAGAAGGAGGAGCAGCCCCCAGUGCCUGACCCCAGCGCCCCAGGGAAAGAUCCAGCGGAUUCUCUGAAGCCUACACCCAAGUCCUCUCUGACUGCUAAUCUCAUUCAGAAAGCCAAGCGCCAGAACAACACCUUCCCGCUCUUCGCUGAAGGACUCACACGGAACCGCACUGCCCAGGAGAAAGCCUUGGCCUUGGAGCAGCAGGUUCUGAUGCUUACCAAGGAGUUAAAGUCUCAGAAGGAGCUGGUGAGGAUCCUGCACAAGGCGCUGGGGGCCGCCCAGCAGGAGAAGAGAGCGACCAGUGCGUACCUGGCAGCAGCCGAGGACAAGGACCGGCUGGAGCUGGUGCGGCAUAAAGUGCGGCAGAUUGCGGAGCUGGGCCGGCGGGUGGAGGCCCUGGAGCAGGAGCGGGACAGCCUGGCGCAGACAGCGAGCCUGCGGGAGCAGCAGGUGCAGGAGCUGCAGCAGCACGUGCAGCUGCUCAUGGACAAGAACCAGGCCAAACAGCAGGUCAUCUGCAAGCUGUCUGAGAAGGUCACGCAGGACUUCAUGCAUCCCCCUAACAAGACUCUCGUGCCCCCAGAUGCUGCCACCAGAGACUUUCUGAGCCAACAGGAGAAGAUGGAGCACCUGAAGGACGACAUGGAAGCGUACCGGACCCAGAACCGCUUUCUCAACUCUGAGAUCCACCAGGUCACGAAGAUCUGGAGAAAGGUGGCUGAGAAGGAGAGGGCCCUCCUGAUGAAGUGUGCCUACCUCCAAGCCAGGAACUGCCAGGUGGAGAGCAAGUACCUGGCAGGGUUGCGGAGGCUGCAGGAGGCUGUGGGGAGCGAGGCCAGCGAGUGCUCCGAGCUGCUCAGACAGCUCAUCCAGGAGGCGUUGCAGUGGGAAGCCAGCGAGGCCUCUGCUGACACUGUGGAGCUGAACCCCAUCAGUGAGUAUGAUGAGUACGGCUUCCUGACGGUGCCCAACUACGAGGUGGAAGACCUGAAGCUGCUGGCCAAGAUCCAGGUACUGGAGGUGCGCUCUCACCACCUGCUGGCGCACGAGGCUAUGGAGCGCCCCCUGCGAGAGCGCUGGGCUGCACUGGGUGAGCUGGCACCCUCCCUCGAGCUCAAGCAGCUGCUGCGGAUGGGCGUGUCCCAAGAGCACCGGCCUCGCGUCUGGAGGUGGCUGGUCCACCGCCGCCUCCAGCACCUGCAGGUCCCCGGCCGCUACCAGGAGCUGCUGAGCCAGAGUCAGACCUGCAAACACCCUGCUGCCCGCCAGAUCGAGCUGGACCUGAACCGAACCUUCCCCAACAACAAGCACUUUACCUGCCCCACGUCCAGCUUGCCAGACAAGCUCCGCCGGGUGCUGUUGGCCUUCUCCUGGCAGAACCCCUCCAUCGGCUACUGCCAGGGCCUCAACAGGCUGGCGGCCAUCGCUCUGCUGGUCCUGGAUGAGGAGGAGAGUGCCUUCUGGUGCCUGGUGGCCAUUGUGGAGACCAUCAUGCCAGCUGAUUACUACAGCAAGACGCUGACAGCGUCCCAGGUGGACCAGCGGGUGCUCCAGGACCUCCUCUUGGAGAAGCUGCCCAGGCUGAUGGCCCACCUGGGGCAGCACCGCGUGGACCUCUCCUUCAUCACCUUCAACUGGUUCCUCGUGGUCUUUGCCGACAGUCUCAUCAGCAAUAUCCUCCUCCAGGUCUGGGAUGCCUUUCUCUAUGAGGGCACCAAGGUCCUGUUCCGCUAUGCCCUGGCCAUUUUCAAGUACAACGAGGAGGAGAUCCUGCGGCUGCAGGACAGCCUGGAGAUCUACCAGUAUAUGCGCUUCUUCACCAAGACCAUUUGCAACAGCCGGAAACUGAUGAACAUCGCCUUCAGCGACAUGAACCCCUUUCCUAUGAAGCAGCUGCAGCAGCUGCGGACGGUGCACCGGGAGCGGCUGGAGGCCGAGCUGCGGGAGCUGGAGCAGCUCAAGGCCGAGUACUUGGAGACCCGGGCGUCCCUCAACCCAGUGAUGCCCGAGGGUUGCACCAGUGAGGACGAGGGGGAUGGGGAGGCCUGACCUGGCCACUUGUGCUCCCCAAAGCCCUUUCUCACCUUCCACUAGCAGGCCCACAGGAGGACAGCCAUGGAGCAGGGGUCCACCCCGAGCCCCAUCACCGUGUGAUGCUGGGCAUGCCCCUUCCCUUCUCUGCGCUCCAGUCUCCCCGUCAGAACGUCGUCUGCUGGUUGGGUUGUCCCCUCACCAGCGCACACCCGGGGACGCCGCCCCUUUCUCCUCGGAGCACUCUAGCGUGCAGGCGGGAGUGCUGCC